UCAUUUUGGACGCAACACUGUGUACCACUUACUCACUCAUCUCACUCUACUUCUUUCAUCCAGCGCCUGAGGAAGCAGCGGAGGGAAGCCAUUCAAAUUUCUCAAUUUCUUCCAUGACUGCAGCAUUUUCCCCCACGUGUCAACAUCUUCUCACGUGCCGCCUGAAGCCUCAGCUCCAGUUCCUCCCUCCUCGUGCGCCCGCUUCAAUGAGAAGGUUGACUUUUGCUCUGGCGUCGGCAACGGCACGUGGGGUCGAGGCAGACGCCAACGACGACGGGGUUGUGCUUAAGAAGGGCAUAGCUGAGUUCUACGACGAGUCAUCUGGAGUAUGGGAGGACAUCUGGGGCGACCACAUGCACCAUGGCUUCUAUGACCCAGGUUCCACGGUUUCUGUUUCGGAUCAUCGGGGCGCCCAGAUCCGUAUGAUCGAAGAGGCGCUCCGAUUCUCCGGAAUUUCGGAGGACCCAAAGAAAAGGCCUAAAAGCGUAGUUGAUGUUGGCUGUGGGAUUGGAGGAAGCUCCAGAUACCUAGCUAGAAAAUUUGGGGCCAAAUGCCAAGGUAUCACCCUUAGUCCUGUCCAGGCCCAAAGAGCUAAUUCUCUUGCUGCUGCUCAAGGACUAGCCGACAAGCAGGUUUCCUUUCAAGUUGCGGAUGCUUUGGAUCAACCAUUUCCUGAUGGGCAAUUUGACCUCGUGUGGUCCAUGGAGAGUGGUGAACACAUGCCUGAUAAAGCAAAGUUUGUUAAUGAGUUGGUUCGAGUUGCAGCCCCUGGAGGAACGAUAAUAAUAGUAACAUGGUGCCAUAGGGAUCUCGCUCCUUCUGAGGAAUCCUUGCAGCCAUGGGAGAAAGAGCUUCUGAACAAGAUAUGUAAUUCUUAUUAUCUCCCAGCGUGGUGUUCUACUGCUGAUUAUGUCAAACUACUGCAGUCCCUUUCUCUCCAGGAUAUCAAGGCAGCAGAUUGGUCUCAAAAUGUUGCCCCAUUUUGGCCAGCAGUGAUACGGUCUGCAUUGACAUGGAAGGGCCUCACUUCAAUGUUGCGAAGUGGACUAAAAACCAUAAAAGGAGCGUUGGCAAUGCCUUUGAUGAUCGAAGGAUAUAAGAAGGAUCUAAUUAAAUUUGCUAUUAUUACAUGUCGAAAGCCGGAAUAAGUCGCAAGAGGUGGCAAUAUGCACGAGAAUGAAUAAGUGUACUAACUGCAUUGGUUGCAGUCUUUGAGAUAAUUUCUGACUCAAGCUUGGGAAAUGCAUAAGAAGUUCGACCUGUAUUCUUGAUUCUAGGGACCCUGUUUAUACUUUGAAGUUGCUUGUGAUACAGUUCUUUAAAGCACAUUCUCAUGCCUCUCAAAAACUAGCAUUUUUCGUUUUAAAUAAGAGUUGCAGUGAGCUGUUGGGUCUAAUAUUGAAUGAAAAGCCUUUGGGUUUAUCAUUUAAUAUUUUCAAUUGAAUGCUGGUGAAGAAAGGAGAGUCAUGGCUCAUGGGUGAGCUGGGAGCUUUAGGAAGGAAUAGUUUUUAGAAGGUUCUGGCCUUCUGUUUUUUCAUCCUUUCCUUUUUUUGGAUUGGUUAUAUUUCAGUACAAUUAUCACCCAAACUUUAUGGAAAUACGUAUAAAACGAAAAAAUUACUCUCA